AUCUGUACCAUUGCUACUUAUCAAAACACCGUCCUGAAUCCCGGGAAUAAACCCUCUCUUCUCUUCUCUGAUUCCCUUCUCUCCAGCCUGCAGAUGUACUGAGAGGGCUCCUUUGUUCCUUUUAGUUUUGUCCUUUGCUUCCCGUCGAUCUAAGAGUUCGUUGACCGUCUCUGUCUCCUCUCUCAAGCUCGAAAGAACAGAAGAUGCCAGCUUCAGAUAAGUUAUCUUUCUCUGAGAUCUCAAAGCACACCUCCAAGGAUGAUUGCUGGCUGAUAAUCCACGGCAAGGUUUAUAAUGUCACCGAUUUCCUAGAGGAUCAUCCAGGAGGAGAUGAUGUUCUUCUUCAGGCAGCAGCUAACGGUGAUGCGACCCAGUCAUUUGAGGAUGUGGGCCACAGCUCCACUGCAACCAGUAUGAUGGAAGGAUACGUGAUUGGAUCCAUUGAUGGAGACCAGGUCCCAAAAGUCAUUCAGACUGGAACUGCAGAUCCUCAUCUUGCCGAUAAGCCUCAAGAGAGGAAACUUGCGACUUCUUCCACCAAUUUCACCGAUGUCCUGUUUCCUCUGCUCAUCCUGGCCUUAGCCUUCGCUGCAUGGUACUACCUCACCUACAUUAAUGUCAGUGCUUGAAUGACUCUUCUAUCUCACCAUGUUUCCACUUGUUCUGUUUUAAGAGUUGUGUCAGUAUUUCUUCUGAAAGGUGAAGACUUUAGGGAUAUAUGCUCAUAAAUUGAAGUUUUUGUCUUCUAGAUUGGGGUUGGAGUUUGAAUUUAUGAUGAAAUAAUUUCAAUAAAGCCGUUCAGUUUCUUUUAUUGUUAUGUUCAGCUCAAUGGAGCUCAAUGACUGUGAAGAAGUGGCUUUAAUAUAGUUAUUAGUAUUAUUCAUAUUAAA